GGUUACAACAGCCACUCGGAUGAAGAUGACCCAGACAGAAUACAAAUGAUCAUCCAGAGGGCCAUCGCAGAUGCACAUUGGGUUCUGGAUAAAUAUACCAAGAAGAGGUGAGCUCCAGACAGAACCAUGGGCCGUCAGGGGUAGACUGGGGCUAAAAAGUGGCCCGGGAAUUUAGUACCUGUCUGGCCCAUUCAAGGUCCGGGCUGGCAGAUGAUGGAGGCAGAUGAUGAUAAAGAUGAUGAACCAAAUUUUAAAAAUGAUUGAGUUUAAUUUUCUGUU